GUUCCGGGCUUCCCCUGUGAAUGACAUCUUUUGCCAGUCUCUGCCAGGAUCCCCACUUAAACCCCAUAAUCUGGAACAGCUGGAGAAGCAGCAAGAAAUGCUGAAGAUGCCUUUUAGAAGGGUUAAGGAGGAAGAAAUACAUUCAACAAAAGAGGAGAAAUUUUCUUCCAUUCAUAAGCCAGUUGCUGUUGGAAGCCAUCAACUAUUAACUGUGGGAACGACCCACAUCUCCAAACUGACUGAUGACCAACUUAUAAAGGAAUUUCUGAGUGGUUCCUACUGCUUCCAUGGGGGUGUUGGUUGGUGGAAGUAUGAAUUCUGCUACGGCAAAUAUGUUCAUCAAUAUCAUGAGGAUAAGGAAAGUGGCAAGACUUCUGUGGUUGUGGGCACCUGGAGCAAGGAGGAACACAUCGAAUGGUCCAGGAAGAACGCUGCUAGAACAUUCUAUCUCCGAGAAGAUGGCACACAGACCGUGAGGAUGGUGUCUCAUUUCUAUGGAAAUGGAGAUGUUUGUGACUUAACCGACAAGCCAAGGCAGGUGACUGUGAAAUUGAAAUGUAAAGAAUCCGAUUCCCCUCACGCUGUGACCAUAUACAUGUUAGAGCCUCACUCGUGCCAAUACAUCCUGGGGGUGGAAUCUCCAGUCAUCUGUAAAAUCCUGGACACAGCAGAUGAAUACGGACUGCUCUCGGUGCCCAGCUAA